AUGAGCCUGGAGCCCCCCAAGCUGGAGAUCAAAUCAGCCACGAGAGUGACUGGGGGACCUGCCACCCCCCGGAAGGGACCACCCAAAUUCAAGCAGAGGCAGACGAGGCAGUUCAAAAGCAAGCCCCCCAAAAAGGGGGUGCAGGGAUUCGGCGACGACAUCCCAGGCAUGGAGGGGCUG